AUGGCGGGUCUACGAGGCCUUGUGGUAGCGGCUCUACUGCUCUCCCCCCCUUUCGUCAACGGGUUAUAUGCGAAUGGGUCCGUUGUCGCCCCUUGCGACUCACCAUUGUACUGCCAAGGCGAGAUCUUGAAGGCUAUUGAGCUGGCAAAGCCUUACUCAGAUUCGAAGACUUUUGUCGAUCUUCCUACAAUUCGUCCUAUGGACGAAGUAAUUGCGGCAUUCGACGAACUCUCUAAGCCUCUUAGCAACAACACUGAGUUGAAUACGUUUCUCUCAACCUACUUCGGCGAGGCUGGGUCGGAACUCACUGCAGUGCGAACGGAUGAGCUGACGACCGACCCGGUAUUUCUUGACAAGGUCGACGACACGGUAAUUAAGCAGUUCGUACAGAAGGUGAUCAAUAUCUGGCCGGAUUUGACUCGAGAAUAUGUCAGCGCUGGCAAAUGCACCGGCUGCGUCGAUAGUUUCAUUCCUGUCAACCGAACAUUUGUCGUCGCCGGAGGUCGGUUCCGAGAACCAUAUUACUGGGACUCUUUCUGGAUCAUCGAAGGCCUGCUUAGGACUGGAGGUAGCUUCACCGAGAUCGCGAAGAACAUUGUUGAAAACUUCCUCGACUCUGUGGACAAAUUUGGAUUCGUACCCAAUGGCUUUCGCAUAUAUUAUCUCAACCGGUCGCAGCCACCUCUGUUGACGCAAAUGGUGAAGAUCUACGUGGAGUAUACGAAUGAUACAAGUAUCCUGGAACGAGCUGUGCCUCUUCUAAUCAAAGAACAUGACUUCUGGAUGCAAAAUCGGACGGUGGAUAUCGAAUCGGGCGAUGAAAUAUACACACUAAACCGUUACGGGGUUCAAAAUACCGAACCAAGGCCUGAGUCGUACAGGGAGGAUUAUAUCUCCGCCAACAAUGAAUCUUACUAUUCCACAUCUGGUAUCAUCUACCCCGAAGUAAAUGGUUUGACCGACGAGGAGAAGGCUACUCUUUAUGCAAAUCUCGCGUCUGGCGCUGAGUCAGGGUGGGAUUACUCGUCGCGCUGGCUUGCUAAUCCGAAUGAUGCGGCCGAUGAUGUGUAUUUCCCAUUGCGGUCACUGAACACGGUGAAUACCAUUGGAGUAGACCUCAACUCAAUCCUCUACGCGAAUGAGAUCUCAAUCGCUCGCUUCCUGGCCGCCAGUGGUGACGACACUGGUGCGCAACAGUUCUCAGAACUGGCGGAACAGCGGGCAGCGGCCAUUCAAUCUCUAAUGUGGAACGAGACGCACAUGAGCUACUUCGACUACAAUUUGACUUCGAAUUCGCAGAACUUGUACGUCCCUAUGGAUGACGACACCACGCCCGCUCAAAGAGGAGACGCGCCUGAAGGCUACCAGGUGAUGUUCCACGUGGGACAAUUCUACCCUUUCUGGCUGGGCGUGGCACCUAAAAGCAUAAGGAACAACCCACUCGCCGUGAAAAUCGCUUUCCAGCGAGUAGCCGACCUCCUGGCGCAGAAAGCUGGGGCUAUCGCCGCCACGAAUUUUCAGACUGGUCAACAGUGGGAUCAGCCCAAUGUGUGGCCGCCGUUGAUGUAUGUCUUGAUGAAGGCAUUGUUGGAGACUCCGGCGACCUUUGGGGAGGAUGACGUCUAUUAUAUCGAGACGCAGGAUUUGGCUCUGCGACUCGGUCAGAGGUAUCUCGACAGCACUUUUUGCACGUGGCGAGCGACAGGAGGCUCUACAGACGACAUGUCGCAAUUGGAAGGCCUCGAAUCUACUGAUGAAGGCAUCAUGUUUGAGAAAUACGGAGACAAUUCGACCAAUGCCGUGGGAGGCGGAGGAGAAUACGAAGUUGUAGAGGGUUUCGGGUGGACCAACGGUGUCUUACUAUGGGUUGCUGACACCUUCAAUACCCAGUUGCAGAGACCUGACUGCGGCAACAUAACAGCAGCCGUUAACACAGAGAAGAGAGGCGCUGGCCCUUCAGCUGUGGAAUUAGACCAAUCUGAUGCUAGGAACGUCAAGUUAUUCCACAAGCAACCGGCUUGA